CAGUGACGUGAAGGAUCAAGGUUCGAGACAGAGGAAUUUGGUAGGAGCUGCAGAACAGCUCUGGUAGAGGAGAGGUCUGAUCUGACCUAAUCAGUCGACCUGCUGCGUAAAAACGCUUCCAAGAAACACACCCUGGAUGCAUCUGAACGCCUGCCUGUGAUCUGUAUAUAAGCGCUGAGUGUGAGGUACCUCUGCAAGUAACUUAAAGCUCUGUGCAUUGGGGCGUGGUGGCCUGCACAUAAUGAUCCCCAGCAUUGCUUCGUGCUCCAGGUCUGUCCGGAGCAAACUUUCCGCGGGUUUCAGGUUUUUACGCACAACUUGGACACGCCAGCCGGGAUUCCCUGCAGCCGCUCGUGGCAUCCAUGUGGAUUAUCCGCCAAUCAUCCCGACUCUCACGACCAGCUAUGUCCAUGGCACGUCGUCCACAUCGUUACUCAGCGCUACAGUAGGAGAGGUCCUGCAGAACUCUGUGGAGCGCUGGCCUGACAGAGAGGCCGUGAUUUUUCUACAAGAUGGUGUCCGGAAGACCUUUGCAGAAUUUCAAAAAGAUGUGGAUCAGGCUGCAGCCGGCCUGCUGGCUAUUGGACUUCAGAAAGGAGACCGGCUUGGCAUGUGGGGGCCAAACACUUAUGAAUGGAUCCUGUUCCAGUUUGCAACAGCCAAGGCUGGUAUAAUACUGGUGUGUGUGAACCCAGCGUACCAGCCGAAGGAGGUGGAGUUUGCUUUAAGGAAGGUCGGGUGUAAAGCUGUCGUGUGCCCUACAGAGUUUAAGACUCAGAAGUACUGCGACAUGCUGAGGCAGAUCUGUCCCGAAAUCGAGAAGUCCAGCCCUGGAGAUCUCAAGAGUGCGAGGCUGCCAGACCUCCGCUCUGUGAUCGUUCUGGACAGUCGACAACCAGGAAUGUUUAACUUUGCGGAUGUGAUGCAGGCCGGCAGCGGCCAGUACAUGCAGCAGCUCCAGGACCUGCAGAAGAAACUCUGUUUCGAUGACCCGAUAAACAUCCAGUUCACAUCGGGAACAACUGGGUAUCCAAAGGGCGCCACCUUGACACAUCACAACAUUGUCAACAAUGCCUACUUUGUUGGAAAGAGAAUGGGAUUCCUGUGGAAACCUCACAUUCGCCUCUGUCUCCCGGUGCCUAUGUACCACUGCUUCGGCUCCGUGGGCGGAGGCAUCUGUAUGUCCGUUCACGGCAUCUCCUUGAUAUUCCCGUCCGCGGGCUAUGAUGGAAAGGCCAACUUAGCAGCUGUGGAGAGUGAGAAGUGCAAUUUCCUCUACGGUACGCCCACCAUGUUCAUCGACGUCUUGACUCGUCCAGAGCUCACUAAAUAUGACUUGUCAUCGUUGGAGGGAGGCAUCAUGGCUGGUUCUCCUUGUCCUCCAGAACUUGUGAAGAAAGUCGCGACGGUGAUGGGCAUCAAGGAGAUAACAGUUGGCUAUGGCACCACAGAGAACAGCCCCGUGACGUUCUGCGGCUCCCCGAUGGACAACAUGGAGAGGAAGGCUGAGACGGUCGGCUUCAUCAUGGACCACUUAGAGGCUAAAGUCGUGAACCCUGUCACUGGAGAGGUUGUACCUUUAGGGGAGGUAGGGGAGCUCUUGAUCAGAGGAUACUGUGUGAUGCCCGAGUACUGGGAUGACAAAGCUAAAACAGAAGAGGCCAUCACUAAAGAGGGCUGGUACAAAACAGGAGACAUCGGCAGAAUGGAUGCGUACGGCUACUGUCGCAUCGAAGGCAGGAUAAAAGACAUGAUCAUCAGAGGAGGGGAGAACAUUUAUCCGGCUGAAAUCGAACAGUUUCUGCACACACAUCCCAAAGUGAAGGAGGCACAGGUGGUCGGCGUUAAGGAUCCACGCAUGGGCGAGGAGGUGUGCGCCUGCAUCAGACUGGUCGACGGACAGGAGUGCACUGCGGAAGAGAUCGUGGCUUUCUGCAGCGGACAGAUCGCGCACUUCAAGAUUCCCCGCUACGUGCUCUUUGUCACCAGCUUCCCGCUCACCGUCACUGGAAAGAUUCAGAAGCACAAACUGAGCGAAGUGGCCGAGAAGCAGCUGGGACUGACGGACGGGAAGUGAAAGGCUGCGCUGGCGUAUCAAAAAAAGAGUUUCUUGUCUUAUUUUUUUUUUUUUACCUUACAGUAAUAACAACAGACAUAUCUUUCUGUGGGCGUGUUAUGGCCGCGUGGGACGCCUCGUGGUCGUCUGGGUUCCCCCUGUCACUAAUGGUCGAGACGUCUCAAUGUUAAGACCAAAGAGGGGGUUUUUAAAUGAACAAGAAAUGCGGUUUAAUGUCCCGUCCUCAUGAUCUAAAUAGCAACAAAUGUGACAGUGCCCAGAUGUCUGAGGAGGUUACUGAGCCUUUGAAAACAAUUAAAUAUUUACAUGUGUUCGGGUAGCCAUUGGGUUUUGGGUUGGCUCAUAUAAUAGGACUGAUGAAUGUGAAGACCUCUUUUGAACAAUAAUGCAAACCUGACAAACACAGGAGCCUCUCGUGCAGCUGCUUUAGUGAAAACUGUCUGAACAGCACUAAUACGUCUUAUUGCUUUUUAUCCAGCAGAAAGCUAUAAAACUGUUUUUAUUCUAAAUUCACAUAAACUUUUAUUCAUAUUAGCAAAAA